AUGGUAUGUGAUUCCACUCUCUCUGAAAGACGCCAACAAAACUAACUUGCAAACCCUCCUCCAGUCCCCCUCCGAAGUCUCCGCAAAACACUGCCUCUACUCCACCUACACCGCCUUUCUCGAAGCAGAUCGAGAAGAUCUCGCCGACGAAGUCUCUGCCCUCGGUGAGCGCAUCUUCGGUAAGCAGCCAUGGCACACAUCUCCCUCACCUUUCGUACCCGACCCUUUAUCUAACCCCCCUUUUUCUCCUCUCUCUAGGCCAGCAGCAAUGGAGGCGUUUCCUUCCCUCCCUCAACCAUUCCAUUCCAGACGCCACCAGGGAAGCUCGCGCGGUGAGGUUGACCGAAGCCAAAGGUCACCUCAUCGACUGCUGGAAAUCCUUGCUGGCCGCGGAAUGGCUACCCGAGGCUGAUGGGGUCGAUGAGCUGGGGAGGGGGUUUUACACGGACGAGGGCUGGGCUCUGGCGGUGCACGAUUCUUGCUAG